CGCCAGUUUUGCAUUCAAAACAUUCGAGUCGAGAUACCUAAUUCUUAUGAAAAAAUUCUUUAUAAAGAAAUACAGUUUACUGAUAAUAUUCAGAAGUGUCAUUGCUAAUAAAAAUUAAUCAAGUUUAUAUCUAUGUACAAUGAAUGAUAAAACAAAUAAGCAGAUUAUGAGUAACGUUGAUGAGUAUGGUUUCGAGAAGACAAAAGAAGAAAACGAAAUAAAAUCAAAAUAUUAUGAAGUGUUAACAAAGCGAUCGUUGAGAUGGAACAAGGUAUUUCCUGGUCAAAUAAUAGCUGGUCGACGUUUGAACAGAUUCAUAAGAAAAGGUAUUCCACUAAAUCUCAGAAAGAAAAUCUGGAUGAAAAUAAGCGGAGCUCAACGAGCAUUCGAACACAACAUGAAUUUAUAUCAACAUUUAUUGAAGUCACAAUAUCAAAAAGAGAUCGUUGAAGUAGUAAAAAUUGAUAUUCCUAGAACAUUCCCCGAGAAUAUUUACUUUGAAACACAUCACAGAGCUUUGUUUAAUGUUCUUGUGGCUUUUGCUCAUCAAAACAAAAGUAUUGGUUACUGUCAAGGUCUUAAUUACAUAGGUGGACUUAUUCUUAUCGUAACUAAGGAUGAAAAUGCUACAUUUUGGCUUUUGAAGCAUUUGAUAGAGAACGUUGCUUCAGAAUAUCACACAAAGACAAUGUUUGGACUUCAACGAGACAUCUUUGUAAUUACAGAAAUCAUUAAGAUGCGAGAACCUCUUAUUAACGAGAAAAUUAAUGAGAUUGGACUUCCAUGGGCUGUGAUUUUAACCAAAUGGUUAAUUUGUCUUUUCGCAGAAGUUCUUCCAGUUGAAACUGUGCUCAGAAUUUGGGAUGUAAUGUUUGCAGAAGGCUACAAAGUUAUAUUUCGAACUGCCAUCGCGAUCAUUUUAAUAUUAAAGGAGGAUAUUAUGAAAACUUCUGAUAUUACCGAGCUCAAUGAACUGUUUCGUAAUGUUUUUACAGACCCACGCAUGGUAAACUGCCACUCGUUUCUUCAAUUUAUGUUCACAAUUAAACUUAGACGUCGUGAUAUUGAAGAUUUGAGAAUACGCUACAGUCAAUAAAUCUUAUUAAAUAAGCAACCUUCUGUACCAGAUAUAUUUAAUGGUUGCAUAAUUAAUUCUAAAGAUUUUUAGCAUAAUUUUACAAUAUGAAUUGAUAAUAAUUUCAUCAACAACAAACAAAGUUAAUAACAAUUAGAUGGACUGAAUAGAUCAAAAUGUUUUAAAUAAAGAAAAACAUUUUUAUGAA